CCCCGGAUAAGGGUCGCGACCCUCGGCGGGCCUUGCUGCGCACCCCUGCCCGUCACCCAAGCUUGUAACAUAACAGGUAGACGCGGUUUGGCGAUGCUCCUGUCAUGUGCAGGAUGCGAGAAACCAAUUAUGGAUCAGUACCUGCUGAAUGUUUUGGACCGAGCGUGGCACAUCGAGUGCGUACGCUGCUUCGAUUGCAGAAUCACGUUGCAGGACAAGUGCUUCUCCAGGGAGGCCAAGCUAUUCUGCAGGGAGGACUUCUUCAGGCGAUACGGCACCAAGUGCGGCGGUUGCCUCCAAGGGAUAAGCCCUCAGGAUCUCGUGAGGAAGGCGAGGGACAAGGUUUUCCACCUGAAUUGCUUCACCUGCGUGGUGUGUCGGAAGCAGAUGAGCACCGGAGAGGAGCUCUACGUCCUGGACGACAACAAGUUCGUCUGCAAGCAGGACUACCUGUCGGGCAAGCCGCUGCCGGACACGCAUCACGUGCACGGUCAUCAUGAAUCGUCCAACCUUUCGGCAGGGGGCGACUCGCUGAUGGGUUCGGGAUCGGAAGACGAGGACGAGGACGGUAGCGCUCAUCAUCACCACAGCGGCGUCGGUGGAUCUCACCUGGGGCCUCACAAUCUGGGCCCGGCCGGUGCUGGUGACCAAACGGUUGGCCACACUGGCGAUCUACCUCUUGGGAGCGAUCCUUGCAAGCAGGAAGACUCGGAGGAUCAAGGUUCCCUGGACGGAGAUCCCGAGACGAGGGAUAGCCAAACGGAGAACAAAAGUCCGGACGGCGGUGCUGGGGGUGGUAGCGGCGAUGGCGGCGCCGGCUCGAAGAGACGAGGUCCGAGAACGACCAUAAAGGCGAAACAGUUGGAGAUCCUGAAGUCUGCCUUUUCGUCGACUCCGAAGCCCACCAGGCACAUCAGGGAACAGUUGGCGAAAGAGACUGGCUUGCCCAUGAGAGUGAUACAGGUCUGGUUUCAAAAUAAGAGGAGCAAGGAGCGUAGGUUAAAGCAACUGACGUCGAUGGGCAGGAGCCCGUUCUUCGGCGGUUCCAGAAAAAUGAGGGGCUUCCCCCUGAACCUGAAUCCCGGUGCUCUGGGCGGCGAGGACGGACCGCCGCCCGGUUUCCCGUAUUUCGGCGCGGACAAGUUCGAAUUCGGUUACGGCGGGCCCGUGGCGUUUCAUCACGAAUACUUUGGUGCUCAUCCGCCCCCUCAUCCCCACGGACCGCCCUUCAGUGGACCGGGCAAUCCUGUACGUAAUCUGUUUCUGACAGGUUUGGACCCUGCGAGUUUAGCGGGUAUGGCGGCCGCAGUGGCGGUGACAGGGGAAUAUCCACCACCGGGUGCGGGAGGCGGCCCUCCGGAAUUUCUCACGGGCCCUCCUGGACAGGGGCCCCCUGCACCUCCUGGCGGUAGCCCCGGAGAGUUCCUAGCACCUUCAGGUGGAGCACAGGGUAAUCCCAGUGCCGGUGGGAAUGGUGGCGGUCCAGGUGGCGGCGGCGGCGGGGGUGGGUUCCUGGAGCCGCACCAGAUGCAGAGCGAAGGGCUGGCCUGGUAGUACGAGU